AUGAAAACAGGAGCAAUCGGAGGAUCGUAUUAUUCACACGGUGGGAGUGGAUCAAAUUAUCUUUGUUUACCGUUGAAUCCAAUAUACGAAAAACACGCUGCUGGUCUUCAAAGUGACGCAAUCAUUUAUGUUACUGAAUACGAGAUUACUUCUGCUGAGAAACAUAUUUUUCCAAAUCCAAACUUACACAACCGAGAUGCUCCAUGUGCUGUAUGUCAUGCUAAGUCACGUGGUAGUAAAAUGAUGAUUCCAGCGCGCAAUAUCUGCCCUUCAGGAUGGACUAUGGAAUACAAAGGUUAUUUAAUGGCUGCACAUUAUACUCACAAGCGAUCUGAAUACAUUUGUAUUGAUGGCAAGCCAGAAGCAAUACUUGGAUCUCAUGCAAAUAGAGGUGGAGCAUUGCUGUAUUUUGUUGAAGGCUAUUGUGGUUCUGCCUUACCUUGUCCACCAUAUACUCAUGGAAAAGAACUGACCUGUGUAGUAUGUACACAAUGAUUUAAGGGUUUUAAUGCACAAAUGUACGUAUUUUGGCAUUAUCUCUAGUAACACUAAUUAAACAUUAUUUUGAAUUUAUUUAAUAACCACAUCAGUGACGUCAC